GGAUUUAAUACGAGUUCGCCCUUAUCCUCCAAUAUCAAUAUAUUUUACCCUUAUUCGUCAACAUGAUGGACGAUGAAGAUAGCGUGGUCUCCAUUGAGGAUGUUAUCAAAUCUAUCGAUGAAGAAAAAGCCAUCGUUAUGGGCGGCAUCAAAAAUCACGACUCUUGCAGUUUCAUUAGUGGCUACAUGAAACGCCAAGCUCUGUACACAUGUAAAACCUGUUUGGAUAUAUCUACCACCAAGGCUGGUUUCUGUUAUCCUUGCUUGGUCAAUUGCCACGAAGGUCACGAUACCGUAGAACUUUACACUAAGCGACGUUUUCGUUGCGAUUGUGGUAACGCCAAAUUUGGCCAGUUUCAAUGCACUCUGUGGGAGGAAAAGGAUGACGAAAAUAUUGAAAACCAGUACAACGACAAUUUCUCCAACUGCUACUGCAUUUGUAAGCGACCUUACCCAGAUGAGGAUUAUGAAGGAAAUGAAGAAAUGAUUCAGUGUGGUUUAUGUGAAGAUUGGUACCAUAUUGAGCAUCUAAAUUUGCCAAACAACGUUAAGGCUCCUGAAGAUUAUGAGGAGAUGACGUGUUUUCUUUGUCUCCAGAAAUACUCAUUUCUAUACUUUUAUGCACUUGAGCACGAAGAAGAGGCACCUUGCGAGCUCUCUGAAUCAAUUCGGAGGAUGCUAACCAGUAACCCGCUACUGCAAAACCGCCAACUUGAGACAGAGCACGAAGCCAAACGCUGCAAAUUAGCUUCUCUAUCCGAGGAUAUUGGUGAGAAAUCUGAAGAAUGUCAUCUUUCGGCGACUAUCCAUCGUUUUGGUACCAAACAAUCGUGCGACAUCACUGUAAAGGAUCUAGAUUUAUCAAAUGCAUCCGAACCGCCCUCGAUCUUUUGGUCAGCAAGUUGGCGGGAACGACUUUGCAAGUGCAGCAAGUGUCAGACUAUGUAUGCGCACUACAAACUAGAGUAUCUUAUGGACCCCCAAGAUACCAUGUCCUACUACCUGAGAACCGGUGAGAAAAGAGCAAUCGAGAUCGAUAAGGAGGAGAACGAAGCUCUGUCCGAGGCGCUUUCAGAACUGCCUCACUCUGUCGCGAUAAAUGUAGCAGAAGGUCUAGGUCAACUGAAAAAAGCUUUGGAGGAAUUUCUAUCACAAAAGCGCGAAUCGGGCCAUAUAAUCACGGAGGCUGAGGUACGAUCAUUUUUCGAAAAACUGCGCGAACAACAGCGUCAUUUGUAAGAUGCACAAGUCUAUUAUUUUACGCAUUUAUUUUAUAUGUAAAUACAUGUGUAUGUACAACUGUCA